CAAUUCAAACCUCUCAGAGCUUCUGCACAAUGCCAAAUGGCCACCCAUCACUAUACGCCUCCAUUACCACUCUUGCACUUCUUCUACUACUCAGCCUUGAGAAAUGUGAACCAAGGUAUCACUACCACAAGCACCACAGCAGCAGCCCCAAGUUCAACUCUGGUAGCCAAAUCUCCCUGCCGCCGGCAAGUGCCCCAGCAGAGCCACCGUCUAUGAGCAAGGAUAUAAACACCACCCGGUCGGAACACCGAGUGUUUGAUGUGCGAUCCUAUGGGGCGAUCGGCGAUGGCUCGAGCAACGAUGCCCAAGCCUUUCGGGCUGCGUGGAAGGCCGCGUGCAUGGCUAACUCGAGCGUGAUCCUCGUGCCGUCGGACGGUGUCUUCAUGGUCACAUCCACUAUUUUCUCAGGUCCAUGCAGACCAGGGCUUGUGCUUCAAAUAGACGGAGUUGUUAUGCCCCCGGACGGACCGGCCAAUUGGCCAGCGGCCGACAGCAAGAAGCAAUGGCUGGUUUUCUACAGAGUCAAUAACAUGAUUCUCCAAGGAGGCGGCACCAUCGAAGGAAAAGGCGAGGAUUGGUGGAAUCUCCCCUGCAAGCCUCACCGAGGGCCUCACGGAAGCACACUACCCGGGCCUUGCGACAGCCCUGCGCUAAUCAGGUUUUUCAUGAGCUACAAUGUGACGGUGGGAAGGCUCCGCAUCCGGAACAGCCCGCAAUUUCACAUCAAGUUCGACGGUUGCGACGGGGUGCACAUCGAGGGCUUGUCGAUAAGCUCCCCCUCCUUUAGUCCAAACACCGAUGGCAUUCACAUAGAGAACACCAAGUCUGUGGCCAUCUAUGAUUCCAUCAUAAGCAAUGGCGACGAUUGCAUUUCUAUUGGGCCGAGCUGCUCUAACGUGGACAUAGCCAACGUGACGUGCGGGCCGAGCCAUGGCAUAAGCAUCGGGAGCCUGGGCGUGCACAACUCGCAGGCGUGCGUGACGAACGUGAAGGUGCGGAACGCGAGGAUCCGCGACUCGGACAACGGGCUGCGGAUCAAGACGUGGCAGGGCGGGACGGGGUCGGUGUCGGGCAUCAGCUUCGAGGACAUCGCGAUGGAGAACGUGCGGAACUGCAUCAUCGUCGACCAGUACUACUGCCUGAGCAAGCAGUGCCUGAACCAGACGUCGGCGGUGUGGGUGACGGACGUGGCCUACAGCAACAUCAAGGGAACGUACGACGUGCGGAGCGCGCCGGUGCACUUCGCCUGCAGCGACACGGUGGCGUGCACCAACAUCACGAUGUCGGAGGUGGAGCUGCUGCCGCACGAGGGGGAGAUGGUGGACGAUCCCUUCUGUUGGAACGCCUACGGGGUGUUGGAGACGCUCACCAUCCCGCCCAUUUAUUGCUUGCAGGAAGGGCAGCCGCAGUCGCUGGCUCUGGAAGAUACCCCCGCAAUGGGAUGCAGCUAGCUAGCGACCAACAAUCCUCUUGACACUCUCUCUCACUCUCGACUCUUGAGAUACGAGAGCCCUUGUCAUUAAUCAAUUAAAGAAUAGUUUGACUAAAAAGACAACAAAAAUGCUGGCAGGUUCCU